AUGGCCCAAACACCACAAACACCUGUCCACUUCACCCCUGACAGCGAUAGGGAUGACGAUACUCCAAUGAUUUCUGAGGAAAUAAAAUCUCCAAUCACCAUCAAGCCUCCACGGAGGGGGAGCACGCGUUUGUCGAAUAAACAGAAAUUGCAGAUUGCGUUUGCUUGCCUCUACGAUGAGAAGAAUCAAAUUGACCUCCAAUCUCCAAGUCAGGCUUGGUCCCCUGGACACAUAGUCCACAGCAUCUCUGAUCUGACUAUGGAGGAUGUCAGCAGCGACGAUAUGAAUACUUUCGAUGUGAAAGCUAGUAGAAAUGGAGGCCCAGAGGUAGAAGUUUCUGCCAACAGUGACACUGUCAAGGACACUGCAGAGUGUGAUGUUCGGGCUGAAUGGCUGGGUACGAGCCAAUUCUACUUGGAGCCUCUAUUGGAGCUACAAAGAACUGGUGGUCUGGACCAAGUCAUCGCGUACCGAGACGCUGUUGCUCAGGGCACGACUUACUCUCCCUACGACCCAGUGCCACUUCUUCUUCUAAGCGGCGUACAUGGAAAACUUGGAUUCUCGGAUAUUGCCGUUGGAAAUGCUCACCGUGCCAUCCUCCUCAUAGAGGCAGCCAUGAGAAUCACCGGCUCAUCUCUUCCAACCUCUAGCAACAACAUCGCAGGCACACAAGGAUCUUCAGCCUUCCAAGAGCUCGACAUCUUCACACGACGUAUGAUUUCUACAAAGUUCAAUGGACUUGGACUCUACUCCAUCCAAGACGAGCUGCAACAACUUCAUCGCCAAGCUUAUCAUAUGCUGCUCGCCGGUAUGCUUGGAACUGGUGCCAAUUGGGAAGGUCUGAGGAUUGCCAAAACUGCUCAAAAGCUAUACCCCGAAGACUUGGAGCUCAGACAACUUGAACACGAGUUGAAAGGAGCAUUCAAAGACCGAAGGCAAGCGUACGUGGAAGUUCAGGAUGAGGAAGAAUUGAAGAAAGCAGACAUGAUCGAAGCUUCAAGAAUGGGUAAGAUCUACCAGAAGAAGUAUCCUUGGAUGGAUCAAGACUUGUACAAACGGACACCAAAAGUUCUACGACAAUCCAACAAAACGUUUGAGGGCAUUAGCUCUGAAGUCAGACCGGUCAGUUUUGGAGACGCCAAGCCACGUGUCAUCAAAGAAGGACAAGACGUUGGUCCUCUUGGAAUCUUCGCCACUCAAGAUAUUGAAGCAGGCAAGUUGGUGAUGUUGGAUAAGACUGUCACAGGUGUAUCCAGUGUGCCUUCUAGCAGACUCGAACAUUGUGAUGCCUGCCAAGGCAGUCUAAAGCCACCUUACGGACUCGUUCAUGAAAUGGAAAAGCCUUCAUGCUGUGGCAAGGUUGUCUACUGCUCUCACGAAUGCUAUGAGAGCGCUGCCAAGGGAUAUCACAAGGUGCUCUGUGGUCAUGACUUUGAUUGGCUCUACGAAGUGAUCAAAGUAGGCAAGACUUCAGGAGCUCCCACACAUUGGAAGUCUGUCAACUUCCUCAGAAUCGUCGCGGUGGUUCUCGCGGACAUUCGUACAUCCAAAGUCCACCCUCUUCAACAUCCUCUAAUCGCUCGAAUGUCUGCCAAUUAUCCCCCCGAGGGCAAGAUACUGAGCCAGUACGACGCAGGUCACCAAUGGCUGUACUUCACGAAUGUUGUUGCACCUACUCGGAUACUACUUCAGCUAGGGGUUGACAUAUAUACAGAUCCUCACUGGAGUCAGGAAGUGAUUCAAACGAUCUUUUGGCGGAUCGAGAAUAAUGCCAACAUGGCUACGACGGAGCUUGCUGGCACAAAAGCGCACCUGGUUUGCAUCAACCCUAACUAUCUCUUCUUCAAUCAUUCAUGCCAACCAAAUGUCUCCUGGCACGGUGCUGUCCCAGAUGGCAAGGUAGGUAUUAGUUGGCUUGAGACUCCAGAGGGAGGAUAUCUGCAACCCGGAUGCAGCGCAGUCUGGUGUUUCGCUGCUCGCAACAUCAAGAAAGGAGAGCAGUUGACGAUUUCUUAUAUCGGAAAUCCACGAGGAGAUAAUACCGUUGAGGGAGGCAGAGAAGCCAAGCGUGCGUGGCUUAGUAAAUGGUUCGACAAUGGCUGUGGUUGUCCUCGGUGCGAGGAGGAGAACCGCAUCGAGGCAGAUAGAGCCAGCAAGAAAGAAGUUGCUCAUGAAAUUCCUAAUAUUGUCGAGACUCAGACCGAGAUGGAGGGUAUUGUGGAGAGUUGA